UCAGUGUGUUACUCUCUUGUUUUGAAAUAUUUGAAAACUAGCCUAAACUAAAAUGGCGAUUUCAACAGAUCUCAACAUAGCCAGGAAAAAUUUGUCUGAUGUUUUGGGAGAUUCUAUGAAGUUAUACUUGCAAAACCUGAAUUCAUGGUUUAAAAGAAAAAUCAAUAAAGAAGAAUUUGAUUUUGAAGCAAGAAAGCUUAUGAAGAAUGACACAGUUCACCUGCAUAAUGAGUUUCUUCUAGCUUUGAUAGCUAAAUGUCAGAUAUUAUCAUCAACACCAUCUGGUGUAUCUUCUAAAGAUCCAAACAAUGUGGGUAAAAGUCAAAGAUGUGGUCAAGUCAAGAAAAAACCUCCUGGUGGGAGGGCCAAUUUACAGCAACGCUUUAUCCCAGCCAAUACAAUGGAUUAUGUCCCUCAGAUAACCAGUAAAGCUUUAGAAGAAGGUUCUAGUCCAACUCCCUUAGGUUUUGUACAAAGAGAAGGACUUAUGCCUGAUAUUACAAUGGUCCAUGGAAGAAUGCUGGUUUGUGCCUGGGAGACUGGCUUGGCUGAUGUGCAGGACAGUGCAGUUCAUAUUGUCAUGCUAGCUUUAGAGAAUCUACUUAAAGAUAUACUAACACUGGUAAUCAAACAACGAAAGGGGUACAAAUUACGUGAUAAAAGAUUUGCCUAUAGUUUUGGAAUUGGUGUGAAAAAUCCUUAUAUUAUGAGGUCUCAUGACACUUUUGAUCCCAGUUCACAAAGUCAAGCCACAACUAUCACAAGCAGUUUCCAUCAUACCCCGACUCUCAGACCAUCACCAGAAAUGGGGGAGGAUAUAGCUAUUGAGGAAAAUGUGUUAGGUGCAGACACUGCUGUGGAUGAUGCAGAGCCUAUUUCUUUGUAUGACCUGUCUGAUACUUUAAUGCUGUAUAAAAAUGCCAUAGUCUCCCAUUCAGUCUAUGCUCCAACCAUUGAGAGAGUGAUUCACAUGAAGUGGCACCCUAGUCAUGAAGAUAUCUUACAGGAAAGUUUGCAUCAACAAGAGGUCUACUUAAAACACAAGCUGGCAAAGAGAAAAACAUUUGAUGAUAGCGGUUUUCAGUGACUUUGUAAAUCAAAAUAGAUUAGCAACAUUGUAAGCGACUUAUGAGUUGUUUUUUCCAAUAUAAAAAAAGUGGGUUUAUUUGAUGGGACAGAUUUCUUUUUAUUUUCUAACAUCUAAAGUUAUAUUUAAAGAAAAAACUUCAGUAAUUAAACAAAGCGGGGGGGGGGGGGGGUGUUAAUAUUUAAAGUGAUACAGCUCUAAAUUAAACAACAAAUAUUUUGUUGAAGAAUUGAUCAGAAUCUCAGGAAACAAAAUAAAUGUUUACGGUAUCGUAUAAUGCUAUUGCAACAGAUUCAUUAAGUAAAAAAAAAUUUUACUGUUGGUAAUAAAAUCAUACACAUUUUUUGUAUGAAGUUUUGGAAAAUAAAAGGAUAAUUUUGUUUAGCUCUGCUAUGUUGAUGAGAAAAAGCCACAAAUUUCUUGUGUGGCCCAAAUUGAGGCCUAAUUCUGCCUCUCGCACCCUAAUGAGUUCAUUUUUAUUUAUCAUUUCCAUUUCAUUCAACAUCAUAUAUAGAUCUUGAAAUGUUGAAGAUGAUAAGAUACUUAGUUUGCACAAAAAUUAAUUUUAAACGUUUCAAUUUACUUCAAUAUUUCAAGACACUUUAAAUACUAGAGAAUAGAUCUUGUAAACUUACAAAGUAUGAAUGUACAAAGUUGGUUUUGAUUUUCUUGUUGCAUUUGUUGUAAAUAAAGUUUAUUUAUUUCAAUAAAAA